AUGACUUCACUCAUUCUUAUGGGCCUAAUGCCCAGAAACAAUGAGCAUUCAUUAGCGGCUCGAUUAACCAGCUCCGCGGAACUUGAUAUCGACCCUCUUCCACAGUCGCAUCGACGAGGCUUAAUAGCAAUCUCAAUCAUGGCACUCCUUUCUCUCAUCGCAACAUCAAUGCUCCUUGGUUUCAUCACGUAUCGCCUUGUUUUCUGGCGUGGCAGCUAUACACGAUAUAUCGGUUACAACCAGUACAUUAUUCUUAUUUACAACCUUGUUCUGGCGGAUUUUCUGCAAUCGCUUGCAUUCAUCAUUUGUCUGCGUUGGAUUUUGGAGAAUAAAAUUGAGUCUGGCACCGCCGCAUGCUUUCUCCAAGGGUUGUGGCUGCAGAUCGGAGACCCCGGGAGUGGGCUUUUCGUGCUCGCCAUCGCCUUCCACACAUUUCUUUUGGUUGUCUGGGGACGCAAAAUGUCCUACAGGUUCUUUGUCUGCUUUGUUGUCGGUGUCUGGAUCUUUGUGGCGUUGAUUGUUGUGAUCCCAAUAGCAAUGCACGGCCCCGACAUCUUCGUGCCUUCCGGAGCCUGGUGCUGGAUCAGCGAAGAAUACGAAACUACCCGUCUAUGGACUCAUUACAUUUGGAUUUUCCUUGCCGAGUUCGGCACAGUCAUUCUCUACGCCUUCAUGUACUUCCAGCUGCGCCGACAGAUCGCCGCGUCCGCCAUCCUCGGAAAUAACCAAUUGGCGAGCCUUCAGCGCCUACGGCGCGUCGUUGGCUACAUGACCAUCUACCCGAUCGUCUACAUCAUUCUGUCACUACCCCUUGCUGCAGGCCGCAUGGCGACAGCCCACGGCACUGCGCCCAGCAUCAUAUUUUUCUGCUGUGCCGGCGCCUUCAUUACCAGUUCCGGGCUGGUCGAUGUCAUUCUGUACACGCUCACCCGCCGCAACUUGAUCAUCGACUCAGAACCCAGCCAAGACCGCUCCUAUAACAAAUUCAGCGAUAGUAGGGGCAGACGAGGCGAGAACAAUUUAACUACAAUCACGGCCGAGCCUACGCGAAAACACGGCGGCACUUUCACUGAGGACGACCGCGACGGCUCAAUGGAUAAUAUUGUUUUGCCAAGCGCACACGGCCACGGCCAAGAUCAUGAAAUGACACCGAUCGGAAAGGUGUAUCAAGAAACUACCAUCGAGAUCACCCACGAGCCUGCUUACCCUGAUGAAGUAUCGAGUGGGCACUCUAGCAAAGAGGACUUCGGCUCUAAUCGGCCGCCUCGUACUAGAUGGCGGAGAUGA